CCGAGGCGCUGUGUGAGGUGACAGGGCCGUUGUGUGAGGAGGGGGGGAGGAAUGAUGGCGUCGCCGGCUCCCUCCACGGAUAGCAUGGAGGUGCUGCAGGGAGACGGGGCUCCCGACAAUGAGGCGGAGAGCAUGGCAAACGUUUCCGGUGAUGAGAUCAAGAUGUCUGAGAAAAUGUCUUGUGCUGUGCCGCGUCCUCGCUUUGACGUCUCGCUCUUCUACUUAACCCGAAAAUUCAUGGACAUCAUUAAAUCUGCCCCAGAGGGCGUCGUGGACCUAAAUGAGGUCGCCAAGCAGCUAGGGGUGAGAAAGAGAAGAGUGUACGACAUCACCAACGUAUUAGAUGGGAUCCAACUCAUCCAGAAGAGAUCCAAGAACCUCGUCCAGUGGGUGGGGACGGACCUGAACCUGACGGGCACAGAGAUCUCACAGCAACAGCGGAUACGCAGUGAUAUCAGCGAUCUAUCAGCGAUGGAGGAAGCACUGGAUGAACUAAUCCUGGAUUGUGCUCACCAGUUAUUCGGACUCGCAGAGGAUGGGGCGAACCAGAAAUUUGCAUAUGUAACGUAUCAAGAUCUCCACAGUAUGGAAGAUUACCACGAGCAGAUGGUUAUGGCUGUGAAAGCUCCUGAAGAAACCAGGCUGGAGGUGCCGGCUCCAAAUGAGAACUGCAUUGAAAUCCAUAUCAAGAGUACAAAAGGGCCGAUCGAUGUCUUCCUAUGUGAAUUAGAGCAUGAAAAUGUGGACAAGAAGUCUUUCGAGAAUUUGACAAAAGCCGUUAGGAUGGAGCCUGAAUCAGUUCCUAUAGAUGGAGGUACAGCGCUACAACAUCAUUCCUGAUAUUACCGAUUCCUUUCUGUAUAAUUUUAUCUUCUGUAAUAUACACCAGGAUUUUUCAGCAGCUGUAGCUUGUCUGCAGCAUAGUGUGCUGCAGCUCUGGCUCAUAAAGGGCGACUUCUGAACAGGGGACUUCCUUUAUGGAGGGGGUCCAAAACAGGGUUUUUGGGAUAAAAAAAGGCUGCUUUCUUUUAUAAGCAGUGCCACAUCGGUUUAUGGAUUGUGCCUGGGAGUCCAAUUCUGCUGCAUUAACCCCUUCCCACAUUAUCUCGUACAUGUACGUGGGGGAAUGUGGUGCCUUACCGCAUUCCCACGUGCAUGUACGUGAUGGGAUCGGGCGGGUGUAAGAGCUGCACCAGCCCGAUCCGCAGCACGGUCCGGCUGUUACUGAUAGCCGGGCCUCUGCUGCAUCCAUCGGCAUCGGAUUAACCCUUACACGUGCCGCGGUCAGCGCUGACCGCGGCACGUGCAGGGUUUACAGAGGGAGGGGGCUCCCUCUGACUUCAUCGGCCCCCUGCACUGUGCUGACAGGGGCUGAUGGUUGCCAUGGCAGCCCCAAUGCCUUCCACAGGCAUUGGAGCCUGCCAGGUACGGAAGUCCAGGAGAUCCAGCCUGAGGGCUGGGUUUUCUAGGCAACUGUCAGCGUCUUACUGUGUAAAAUGCUGACAGUUCAAUUCAGUGCAAUACAUAAUGUAUUGAAUUGAAACAUGAAACGUGAAGUCCCACAGUGGGACAAAUAUAAAAAGUGAAAAAGUUUAUUUAAAAAAAAAAAAGCGUCUUUCCCAAAAUAAAGU